AUGGAGUGGGUCAAUGAGACUGUGGUGAGAGAGUUUGUCUUCAUUGGCUUCUCUUCCCUGGCCAGCCUGCAGCAGUUGCUCUUCGUUGUCUUCCUGCUCCUCUACCUGUUCACUCUGGGCACCAAUGCCAUCAUCAUUGCCACCAUUGUGCUGGACAGAGCCCUUCACACCCCCAUGUACUUCUUCCUUGCUGUCCUCUCCUGCUCUGAAACUUGCUACACCUUCAUCAUUGUGCCCAAGAUGCUGGUCGACCUACUGGCCCAGAAGAAGACCAUUUCCUUCCUGGGCUGUGCCACCCAGAUGUUUUCCUUCCUCUUCCUUGGAUGUUCUCACUCCUUCCUGCUGGCUGCCAUGGGUUAUGAUCGCUAUGUGGCCAUCUGUAACCCACUGUGCUACACAGUGCUCAUGGGACAUAGGGUGUGUAUGGGACUAGUGGCUGCUGCCUGUGCCUGUGGCUUCACUGUUGCACAGAUCAUCACAUCCUUGGUAUUUCACUUGCCCUUCCACUCCUCCAACCAUCUACAUCACUUUUUCUGUGACAUCUCCCCUGUUCUCAAGCUGGCGUCUCACCAUACCCACUUUAGUCAGAUUGUCAUCUUCAUGCUCUGUACAUUGGUUCUGGUUAUCCCCCUGUUGUUGAUAUCUGUGUCCUAUAUUCACAUUAUCUCUACCAUACUCCAAUUUCCUUCCACAUUGGGCAGGCACAAAGCUUUCUCCACCUGUGCUUCUCACCUCAUUAUUGUCACUAUCCACUAUGGCUGUGCUUCCUUUAUCUGCUUAAGGCCUAAGUCCAACUACUCCUCAGGCCAGGAUGCUCUAAUAUCAGUAUUCUACACUAUCCUAACUCCAUUGUUCAACCCAAUGAUUUACAGCUUGAGGAAUAAAGAGUUCAAAUCAGCUCUUCGUAGAGUUGUAGGAAAAACAAUUUCCCUGCCACAACAUUACUCUGGAUCCGGCUCUUUCCAAACAGUAAAUAUAGGGAAAAAUUCCUGGAACAGAAGUGAUCAAACAAUUAAGCAUUGUGUUCAAAAACAGAGAUCACUUCUCCUUCAUCUCCAAAUAUAA